AUGCAAGCGUUAUUGAAAUUGCCAUCACCAACUUCCACAGUCGCGAGUUUGAGAGGGUUUUACGACCGCAUGGAAACGUAUAUCCGGGGUCUUGAGUCGCUAGGACAACAUCAAGAUAUGUACGGUAGCCUAUUGGUGCCAGUUGUAUUGGAAAAAUUGCCGAUGGAUAUACGUAAAAAUCUCGCCCGCGUAAACGAGAAUAAUGACUGGUUUUUGCAAGAUCUGCGACGAGCGAUUAACAAGGAAAUCAACAUUCUCGAGAUCGGCACCGGAAGUUCCUAUGCGUUGCCGGAAGUUAGCGACUACAACUCAACAGCAUUGUUUCAUGCAAGUGCGAAUGGUAAGAAGACUUCAUACACUCCUAGCAACAAGUUUGGCAAAAGGAAUACGCAACAUUAUUCUAGAACAUGUGCAUUUUGUGAUCAAGAACAUUUAAGUUGUGAAUGUAAAAACUUUCCUGACACUGCUGCCCGAAUGAAUGUUGUGAAACAGAAACAGCUUUGUUUUAACUGCUUGGGUAAACACCGAAUCACAGAAUGCAAGUUAAACAGACGCUGUCAAAACUGCCACCGGAAGCAUCACACUUCUAUCUGUAAGGAGCUACAAAGAAAACCGGAAGUUGAAUCGCCGCAACCGGAAGCCGCCGUAUUCUUCUCGUCUACAAAGAGGUCGAACGCAGACGUUGUAUUAAAAACCGCCAUUGCCCCUGUUUCGUCGUCUCACAAUACAACGGAUGCCGCCAUAUUAGUCGACGAAGGCGCACAGCGAUCCUUUAUCACCAGAAAGCUUGCUGACGAUCUUCAACUAGAGAGUGAUGGAAUAGAAACACUUAGCCUGACGGGAUUCGGAGGAAGUAAUAACAGAAGCUUACAGCAACUAGAACGCACAACAGUGUACAUAGUUUCGAAGAGAAAAAAGAUACCUGUUAGUUUACUCAUCGUCCCCACUAUUGCGGCUCCCAUCAGAUGCGGAUAUCUUAGAUCGACUGCGGAACUUCCGUACCUGCGGGGAUUGAAGUUGGCUCAUUCCGUUACAGGUGACACGUUAUUUGACAUUUCAUUACUCGUUGGAGCUGACCACUAUUGGGAUAUUGUCGAAGAUCAUGUUGUUUGA